GAAAUCUGGCGGAAUUAUACCAAAUUAUUUUAGAAGUGGUGGAAUCUAGUAUUUUGUAGCAAAAAUAUAUGUGAAAUACGGACAUAUUUUUUUACAAGAUAUUCAGUGAAAAAAAUGAAAUUUUUUUCAGGAGCUGCCUCAAUUUUCACUUCGUUUGUUUUCUUGGCGGCAUGUCUUCAGUCAGUCCUUUGUACCUAUACUUGUCUGUUUGGAAACGACCUUCCGGAACCACAGGACGGAACGUUGGUCGCCGACUGCGGUCCCCAUGAGACAUGUUACCUAGAACAAUAUAUUACCCCUGCUGGGUACGUCAGAAACAAGGUCGGCUGUAAAGACACACAGUUUUGUGGUGCGUCAACUGUCUCGGCACCGAACAUGGGAAUAUGUAGUGAUUGUUGCUACAGGGAUCUGUGCGCUACAACGUUAUGCGGAAAUACAGGGUGGCCAAACAACACUGGACCAAUUUGUUACCACUGUGAUUAUAAUGUAGAUAGACCUGAACUGUGUGAUUCUAUUAGAGUGUGUGGCAAAGACGAGUCUUGCGGUGUGAACCAGAUGCCUGGCGGGAAAUAUGAAGUGAAGUGUGUGAGACAAGCGACCUGCAGCCAGUUGUCAGCCUCCAGCGCAUGCGCAUCUUGCUGUAACUCUCAGCUGUGCAAUUCAAAAUGCAAUGCACAAACACAAUAUGCAGUAUGUAUGGACGAUAGCACGUGCCAAGCACUAAAUCAGACAUUUUCGUCUGCCGGACAGGAUGUUUGUACAAUUGACGGUAUGAAAAUAUUCUGCAACAAAUCGUGUUCCCUAUGCACGAGCCCAUCUACAACUGCUCAGAUGACGUCACAGAUGACGACAACAGCAUCAGUUGUAGCUUCCGUAACAACGGCACCAGCGGCACAAACUACUAUAGCAAAUCCUUGUUCGUCCAACCCGUGCGUUCAUGGUGUAUGUUCAGUCUCAGGAACAGCGGCAAAGUGCACGUGCUCUGCGGGAUAUAUUGGCACACUGUGUGACAGACGGGACCCCUGUUCAGCAACACCUUGUGUCCAUGGCGCCUGCUCUCCUCUUACAAACGGAGCUUUUAAGUGUACAUGUAAAUCGGGCUUUACUGGUCCUCUCUGCGAUGGAGCGGUAAGUCCUUGCUCUACGAACCCCUGUGUCCACGGAACCUGCACAAACACCGGAAACAACUUCCAGUGUUCCUGCCUGACAGGAUUUGUGGGGAAGUUAUGCGAUCAUGUUGACCCCUGCAAAGGAUCCCCCUGCGCUCACGGUGUAUGUACAUCUUUAACGAAUGGAACAUUCCAUUGCACAUGCAAUUCUGGUUUUACCGGUCAGCUAUGUGAUAAAUCACAGAGUCCCUGUACAACUAACCCUUGUGUUCAAGGAACGUGUUCAGCAUCAGGGAAUGCAGUCAUUUGUUCCUGUUACCAAGGUUACGUCGGGACUUAUUGUGACAGGCCCGAUCCCUGCAAAAUUUCUCCAUGCGACCACGGGGUGUGUAGCUCAUUGACAAAUGGGACGUUUUCUUGCACGUGCAACUCUGGGUUUACCGGGCUUCUGUGCGAUGCAGCUGUGAGUCCAUGCGCAACAAAUCCAUGUCAGCACGGCACGUGCACGAAUAAUGGUAACAGUUUCCGAUGCACGUGUCAGUCCGGAUUUAUAGGAAGCUUAUGUGACAAGCGUGACCCCUGCUCAGCAUCUCCAUGCAUGCAUGGUGUAUGUUCGACACUUACCAACGGAACGUUCCAGUGCACGUGCAGUACUGGGUUUACUGGAUUGCUCUGCGACAAAGCCACAAGCCCUUGUACAACCAAUCCCUGUGUACACGGAACUUGCUCAGCUUCCGGGAAUUCGUAUCAGUGUACCUGCAUUAACGGAUUCGUGGGACCAAACUGUGAUAAACCCGAUCCCUGCCAGUCCUCAUCGUGCGUGCACGGUGUUUGUACAACUCUACCAAGCGGAGCAUUUCAAUGCACAUGCUCUUCUGGAUUUACGGGUCAACUCUGUGACGCAGCUAUAAGUCCUUGUACAGCAAAUCCUUGCACUCACGGUACGUGUUCAGACCGUGGAAAUCACAACUUCCGGUGCGCGUGUCUGACCGGAUAUAUUGGUAAACUUUGUGACCUGCCCGAUCCAUGUUCACAUUCACCCUGUGUUAACGGCGUAUGCACUACCUUGUCAAAUGGUACUUUCACAUGCACGUGCAAAACUGGACAUACAGGGCUCCUUUGUGACAGAGUCAUCUCUCCAUGUUCAUCAAACCCCUGCCAACAUGGCACGUGUUCAACCAAUGGGAAUACGUUCCAAUGUACCUGUUAUCAAGGAUUUGUUGGAAACUUAUGUGACAGACGUGAUCCUUGUACCUUGUUACCAUGUACGCACGGACAGUGUUCUUCUGGACAAAGUGGCGGCUUUCACUGCACAUGCGCAGUGGGAUACACAGGCGUUUUGUGUGACACUCCAAUAUCAUCUUGUGCAAGCAGUCCAUGUGUCCACGGAUCUUGUACCAACAAUGGGAACGGAUAUACCUGCAAAUGUGACUCAGGCUAUGCUGGAACUAACUGUGACAGAGUUAUCAAAGACUGUAAGGACAUCCAGGACAACAAUAUUGUGAGUGUUACAGGCGACAAUGUACAUCUAGUUCACCUUAAUGGAAACCCAGUGAACGUGCUCUGUGACAUGAAUACACUUGGAGGCGGCUGGACGGUGUUAAUGAAUCGUGAAAAUAACAAACAAAACUUUGAAGAUCAAGAUUAUUCGUCAUAUGCAUCUGGCUUUGGGGAUAUUCGAGAAAACUUUUGGACAGGUUUGGAAAAUAUGAAUGGUAUAACCGGGGACGGACAGAGGUACCAGCUGAGGAUCGAGCUCACUGUUGCCAAUGGUACCACAUACGUUGAAAAUUAUGACGACUUUUCUGUGGGGCCACCAAAAGACUUCGUAUUGCAUGUGGGAAAAUACAAUGGAAACGCAGGUGACUCUCUGUCUGGACAUGAUGGUUUUGGGUUUACAAACAAAGAUGUUGACCAUGAUAGUAACUCCGGGACAAACUGUGGUGUCUAUCUGCACGGCGCAUGGUGGUUCCACAACUGCUACGAUUCCUGUUUGACAUGUCCUUACUUGACCCCGGGAACCAACAAGUGUCGGUCGUUCUCCUGGAACAGUUUAGGAUACUGCAUUGCCCUAAAAUCUGCACGAAUGAUGGUUCGACCUAUGUAGUAACUUUGAAAUAAAAUUCGUUGAAAACUAA